AUGGGUGCCGCGAGCAGCUCCGUGGACGUUGUGCGGAUGACGGACGAGGAGCGACAGCAGCAGGAGGUGGAGGAUGAGGGGGAAGGGGAGCGGGAGGAGGACGGAGAGGGGGACGAGGAGGGGGAGAAGGAUGAGGAGGAUGAUGAGGAGGAGGAUGAGGGGGACGAUGAGGGGGACGAGGAGGGGGACGAGGAGGGGGACGAGGAAGAAGAAAGGGAGGGCGGGGAGGAGGAAGAGGAGGAGGAGAACGCGGGCGCGCUGUGGCGUCGGUUGUGUCGGGCGGUGCGCAUGCGGUGGGGGGCCGGCGAUGGGCGCAACCACUGCGACCGCCUGGCGGAUGAGCAGGCAAGGCUCGGCACUGGGGUCGCGGGGAUGCAGAUGCACCCGCGAGUGCGCACGGGGUGGUGCCGUAGCCGUCGCAUGCACUCCAGUUGUGCGCGCCGGUCGACUUGGAACGAAGCACGCAUGCAUGCGCCGCUGCGCAUGUCCGCCCACGCCCCCCGAUGCCCGCCGUUCCCACUCGCCCAACUCGCCCGUGUUCGUUCGUUCCGCCCUCCUCACCGCCCCCCACCCCCCGCGCGCCCCCCGUUUCCCCCUCUCUUCCCCCCACCCUUCCCCGCGGGCCGCCAGCUGGUGGACGUGCUGUCGCGCCUCGGCGCGCUGGACCUCACGCGCGCCGCUCUCACGUGCCGCCGCUUCAAGCGCCUCUGCCACCAGGUGCCUGUGAUAGACAACGCGGGCGACAGAGUGAUAGAGGUGGCGCGGCUGCUGCGAGUGCUGCCGGGCAUCCUGGGCACGGCGAGUGUGGUGCGCCUGGUGAGCCCUGACAACGAGCGUGAUGCUGCUGCUGACAUCAUCGCCAUGCGCGCUCACGGCUUCCCACGCUCCUCCGCUGCUGCUGGUACCGCUGCUGGUGUUGCCGCUGCUAGUACUGCUGGUGGGACUAGUGGUGCCCGUGUGCAUAGCAGCAGUAGUGGUAGCAGAUUUGGCAGUGGCGGUGCUGCUGGCAGAGAGGGUGUGAGUGUGGGGGGAGGCUCUGGGAAUUUGCGAGGCGGAGUGGCGGGUGAGGAACGCGCGGUGAGAAGUAAUGGGGCUGACUCAGCAGCAGCAGGAGCGGCAGGAGCAGCAGAGGGAGCAGGAGCAGCAGCAGAGGGAGCAGGAGCAGCAGCAGAGGGAGCAGGAGCAGCAGAGGGAGCAGGAGCAGCAGAGGGAGCAGGAGCAGCAGCAGAGGGAGCAGGAGCAGCAGCAGAGGGAGCAGGAGCAGCAGCAGAGGGAGCAGGAGCAGCAGCAGAGGGAGCAGGAGCAGCAGCAGAGGGAGCAGGAGCAGCAGCAGAGGGAGCAGGAGCAGCAGAGGGAGCAGGAGCAGCAGCAGAGGGAGCAGGAGCAGCAGAGGGAGCAGGAGCAGCAGAGGGAGCAGGAGCAGCAGAGGGAGCAGGAGCAGCAGAGGGAGCAGGAGCAGCAGCAGAGGGAGCAGGAGCAGCAGCAGAGGGAGCAGGAGCAGCAGCAGAGGGAGCAGGAGCAGCAGAGGGAGCAGGAGCAGCAGAGGGAGCAGGAGCAGCAGAGGGAGCAGGAGCAGCAGCAGGAGCGGCAGGAGCAGCAGAGGGAGCAGGAGCAGCAGCAGCUCCCUCAUCCCCCUCACAGGCACGCAGGGAACCAACAGAGCAGGGAGGGGCCCAGGAAGGAGCAGCCAGAGGCGCGUACGAGUGGGGGGGCACGGAGCUGUCGUGGACCAACCUACCCUGCCGGCAGGUGAAGAGCGUGGGCAUGUUCCUCAGCCCGUCCCUCACGUCGCUCACACUGGGCGUCGUGCACGUGCGGCGCCACAGCCUCUCUACCAUGGCUGUGUUGCAAGCGCUGCCGGGGUCGUGCCCGCGCCUGCGCACCCUGCAUGUGACGUGGAGCUGCCUGCAAAAGGAGGAGCUGCUUGCGGGGCUCAGAGGUGCGCACGCCCGCGCGCUGCUGCUGGGAGCCACGCUUCCAGGUGGGGGAGGGGGGAUUGGAGGCUUGGGGAUAAGGGUGAGGGGCAGGGGAUGGGGGAAUGCGGGGGAGGCGGAUGCGGAUGGGGGGAGAGUGGGGGGGUGGGGAGGGGGAUGGGUUAUGAGAGGGAGAGCGGGUUUGGUGGUUGGGGAGGAGGAGGAAGAGGUGAGGGCGGGUCCUGCACGGUUGUGGGAUGAUGAUGAUGAGGAUGAUGGGGAUGGGGAGGGGGGUGGGGUUGGGAAUGGAGAUGGUGAUGGGGAUAUGGGUGGGGAUGGGGAUGGGGAUGGGGAUGGGGAUGGGGAUGGGGAUGGGGAUGGGGAUGGGGAUGGGGAUGGGGAUGGUGCUUUUGGUGUUGGUAAUUGUGAUGAUGGUGGGGACUCUGGUUUGAGUGGUAGGGAGGGUGGGGAGGGCGAUGAGAGGGAGGAAGGCGGGGUGGCGUUGGAGCAGGAGAGUGAGAGGGUGGAAGGGGAGGGUUUGGGUGCGGAUGAGGAUGCUGAGGGGGAUGAUGAGGCAGGGCGGGGGCGGGACGAAGAGGAGGGUAUCUCGGCCCCUUCUAGUCCGGGGUCACUUGGCGAUGGGGAUGGGGAGGGAGAAGCGGAUGGGGCGGAUGGUGCGAUGCAGCAGCCAAGGGUGCAAGGAGAGAGGGCGCAUGCAGGGUUGGAGGGCGCAGCUAUGGCGAGGUGUCAGGAGCGGGUACAGCAGGCGGAGCAGGAGGAUCAGGGGGAACAGGGGGAGCAAGGGGAGCAGGGGGGCCAUGGGUCGCAGGGGGAGCAGGGGGGGCAGGGGGUGCAGGGGGAGCAGGGGGGGCAGGGGGAGCAGGGGGGGCAGGGGGAGCAGGGGGGGCAGGGCGAGGGGUACACUGGUCUUGCGAAUGUAGGAGCAGGGGAAGGGGGGGUGGGAAGCGGUCGAGUAGGGUGCGGUCUGGGAGUGGGCUGGGAGGGAGGGAGGAGGAGUGAGCAGACCGAGCGAGAAGGCGAGCUUAAGUGUGAGUUUGAGAGUGGGAGGGAGGGAAGGGGGAGUGAGAGAAGAGAGAGUGGGGAGGAUGGUGAGGAAGGGGUGAGUGCGGUGGGGGUGCGGCUACAGGACGUGGUGAGGGCAGUGGUGCGAGGGCACCUGCAUGCACACACCAGUGCUGACCGCCCUGCCAUUGCUGCAGCCGCUGCCGCGGCAGCACAGGAGGGUGAAGGGGAGGCAGAAGGGGUGCAGGGUGGAUGGUGGAGCGGAGGGGACAGUGAGGGAGUGGUGGGGGCGGACAGAGAGAACACGCAGGGUGCGCAAGUGGGUGAGCAAGGCGAGGGUUCCUUGCAGCACGUGCAGGGCGCCCACCUGGUGCUGCCGCAUCCCCUGCCUGCCAGGCCUGCAUCAGAACUCUCUCCUACUGUUAGUGCGCCUGUUGUUGGUUCAGGCGUGGGAGGUGGUGGUGUGGAGAGGGCAUGGGAGGAAAGUGAGGGGCUAGAGGGGCGAGGGGGACGUGGGGAGGGUGAGAGGCCGUGUGUGGUUGGGAGGGGGAGUGCACAUGAGGGCGACACUGCCGCUCCUGUGUCUCUCCCUUCUGCCAACCCCGCUGCUGCCCCCGUUGCUGCCCAGGCUGCUGCCCCCGUUGCUGCCCCUGCUCCUGCAGGCCCUGUUGCCAACCCCACUGCUGCGGACGGCCAUGAUGAGAUGAGAGAUGGAGCAGCAGAGGCGCAAGGAGCGGUUGAUGAGAGGGAGGAGGGUGAGAGGGAUGAGGCAAGGUCACAAGAAGGGCAGGCAAGAGGGGAAGAGGACAGGGACGCGAGCGAAGCGAGGACAGGCGAGGGGGAAAGGUUGACCGAAGCACAAGAGGUGGAGUGGGAGGAUGGGAAUGGAGCAGGGGAGCAGCAGCCGGAGCACGAGGGAGAGGAAGAAGCACGUGAUGCCAUGGCAGCAGCAGUCGUGGCUGCUGCCGCUGCUGCUGCCUCUGCAGAAGACGACAUAGACGCCCCAGUCGCAGCCGCAGCCGCAGCCGCAACCGCAGCAGCAGCAGCAGCAGCAGCAGCAGCAGCAGCAGGGGGUGACGUGCGUGUGCGGCUGGUGGAGCGGGGUCCCACGUCAGUCCUAUACGGCGCAGGCAUCAUGACCAGCGCAGUGGAGCGUCUACUCGCGCGCUGCCCCUGCCUGCAAUCCCUGCGCCUUCCAGGCCUUCUAGCCGCAGGGCUGGCAGGUGGGCAUGCGCAGCUGCAGCGGCUGGAUGUGACGCUGGUGUUUGAGCUGGUCACGGCGGUGCGCGUGCUGGAGCGCUGUGUGCGUGUGUUCCCCAAGCUCACGCACCUGCGCAUGGCCACACAGCUGAAUGCGCUGCCGGGGGAUGACGGAUCCCUGGCUGACCAUGGUGGCGCCACUGAGGUGCUCGCCCCUGCUGAGUACGUGCCUUGGGUGGCCAGCUGGCGUGGCAUUCCCUUUCCGACCUCACCUCACCCCGACUCCCCCGUGUCCCCUCGCAUGCGCAGGUCACAGCUACAGGAGGUGGAGCUGGAGAGCUUCCGCCUGCCGCUCACCAUGGCGCUCACCCUCCCCCGCGUGCGCCGCAUCAAGCUCUACCGCGGGGACGUGCACGCCUUCUCCCCGCCGCCCUCCCGCACCCUCACCCUCGCCUGCCCGCUCCUCACAGACCUAGACAUCGACUUUCUCAUCUCCGCGCCCUCCCUGCACGCCCUCGCGGCCUCAUCCCCUCUCCUCCGCAUUCUACGAGUGCGCCACCCGCCCGCCAUGGUCCACUUAGGCGCGGCCUGGGAGCACCUGCGGGAGCUCUUCCUGGGGGGGCUUGGGGAGAAUUACGGUGCACGGGAGAUCUCACUCGCGUGCCCGCGCCUGCACCAGGCGACAGUCGCCCUGGGGGUAUCACACACAGACAAGCUCUCGGUAGACUGCCCUCUGCUGCACGAUUUCCGCGUGCUCAGCUUUGGUCUCGACGCUGUCCUCUGCCGCUUCCACUGCCCCUCGCUGCGCUCACUAGCCCUCGGGGGGAUCGACCCUGGGCCUCUCGACAGCAUCGGGCGCGGGUGCCCAAGCCUGCGCAGCCUGGAGGUGUGCUGCCCGAAAGCCCACCACGUGGUGCUAGGGGAGGAGUUUGCACAGCUGGAGCGAGCGUCCAUAUCCGGUCUCGGCGUGUGCCGCACACUGCAGGUGCACUGCGCGCGGCUCACCUCCCUCACGGUCUACUGCACGUGGUCCGCGCCGUGCCUGGUAGAGGCCACUGCUCCCUGCCUCACGCAACUCAACUUCCGCGCGCGCCCAGCCGAGUGGGACCAGCCGGUGAGAUUCGCCCUGCGCUGCCCAGAGAUAGUGAAACUCGAGCUGCCGUUUGUCGUGGCAGACCUCGCCAGCCUGGGAGGCACGUGUCCGCGGCUGGAGCAGCUGAGUGUGGACUAUGUAGCCGGGGGGGUGCUGCGCGUGGGGCGGGAGUUCAAGGCCCUGCGCACGCUCAAGGUGGCACAUGCGCUCGCCAGCCUGCAGGACCGCCCGCUGCCGCCCAUCUCCGUGGUGGAUGUGUGCUGCCCCCGCCUCGUCACCCUCGUGUGCGGGUCCGCACCUGACAGCAGCAGCAGUAACAGCAGUAACAGGCAUGAGGUGCUGCUGCAACCAUUCUCCCCCUCGGGUGUUGCCUGUGGCAUGGAGUCUCCCUCAUUCCCAUUCGUCAAUGCGCAAUCCACUCAUGCUGCGGCUGCUGCUGGCGGCAGCAGCACCUGGGCGCACCCAGACAUGCCUGCACGUGAGAAGCAGAGCAGCAGGCGUGUGAGCUACUGCCGCAUCGAGUGUCCUGCAUUGGAUCUUCUUGACCUCGGCGUCCUCCCCCUGCCUGCCCUCCGCUCCAUUGCUGCUGCCUGCCCCAAGCUCAGAGUCCUCCGGGCUGUGGGUCCCCUGGUUGACUGGCGUGUGCGAGGGGCCAGUGCAGCCGGGCAGGUUGUCGGCGGCAGCAACAGGAGCAGCGGUGGAGGUGUGACGGACGUGGGUAUAGAGAGGGUUGAUGGCGGCGCAGCAGGUGUGUGUGAGCCGUUGUUGAGCCAGGCAUGUGCUGGUGCGGGGCGGUGGGGGAAGAGGCCGAGAGAGAGUCAUGGGGCUCGUGAGGGGCCGUUCGGUGAGACAGUUGAGCAGAGGAGCAGGCGAGGGAAGACAGCAACAGGGGUGGCAAAAGAGGGCGGGUCUGAUGGUCCAAGGGGCGUUGACACAGUUGAUGGUAGUGGGGAGGGGAGGCAGGUGACAGGAGGCACGGCUGGUGUGCGCAGUGGUGAGGAGGAGGGCGGGAAAGUGGAGGAUAUUGGUCCACGUGGCGAGAACAUUGACUUGCAUGGUGCUGCAGAGCACGUGGACAGGCGCACGCAUGGCUCGUCUCCUCGCAUCACCCCAACUUCCCAGCCAACGCGUCCUGUAUCACUUUCUUCACCCACCAUUCCCCCUGAAUUUCCCACCUCCCCACCCACCACAACCCGUCCUGGCCCCCACGCCUCCCAUGACCCCGCCCUGCCGUGCUGCGUGUGCGCUGCCGUCCACGUGGGGGCGGCGUUUGAGCGCCUGGAGCACCUCUCCCUCACCCUCCUCGACUCUGCCUUCGGAGCACAUUCAGGCCACCCCGUGCCACCGCCCUCGCCCAUCGCCCCCCCUUCCUCCUGCUUCCCACCGCGCACCGGGCUAGGCCUGGGUGUUUCUGCAGGGGGGGGUGGUGGUGUGCGGUUUGCUUCGGCAGCGCUGUGGCCUGGUGUGGCGGUGGGGAUGGCCCGUUCGCGCACCAUUAGGCAUGGGCGCGUGCCUGAUGCUCCGCUGGGUAGGGCGCUCGUGAGGGAGAGCGUGGGAGAGCGGUCGUUUAGGGAGAGAGAAGACAGGGUGGUGAGUGUGGUGCGUGGGGAGAGCGCGGCUGGAGGGGAGAGGGUGGGGCGCGACGUGAGCGAGGAUGGGGCGUUGGAACGUUGGUUGAGCGGAGAGGAGGGGGUUCUUGAGGAGAAUCAGGAAAGGAGAAGAGUGAGCGAGGGAGGGCGGGAGGCAGGCGGGGUGGGAGAGGCGGUGCAGAGUGGUGCAGCAGGCGAUGGGGUGGGUGGUGUGGGGGAGGGGGCGCCGGAGAGUGGUGGCAUGGGUGGGGGCUUGCAGGUGGGAUCAGGGCGUGCGAGUGGUGAGCAUGCUUCGGGUGGCCUUUUAGAUUCCAGGCAGGGAGGAGCACGUGACACGAGGGGGACAGGUGAGGGGCGAGGGGCAGGUGAGGGGAGAGGGGCAGGUGAGGGGAGAGGGGCAGAGGAGGCGUUGGAAAGGAGCGCAGUGGGAGGGGGUGAUGGGGCGGUGGCAGUGGUGGCAGAACGGCAAGCGGGCAGUGCGGUAGCAGCAGCAAGUGUGGCGGCAGCAGCAAGUGUGGCGUGGGUGUCCGGUCUUCGCCGAGGGCAGAGGAGGCGAGUGGCAUGGGUGGAUGAAGGAGGGCUGACAGGGGGGAGCAGUGCUGUGAGCUCACAUGCAGGAACGGGUGGCAGGGACGCUACAGGGCGUGCAGAGCGCGGGGGAGAGUGGGGGCAGAGGCGAGUGGAUGAGAUUGGUGUGGCAAGGCAUCGGGUGGUGGAUGGAGGGGAGAGGCGGGGUGAGGGAGUGGAGGGUGGUGGUGGGGAUAGUGGAGGGGUGCGGGAGUGGGAUGAGAGGGAGAGAGUGAGGGACAGGGGGGUGUCAUGGCAGGGAGUUAGGGCAGAGGAGGCAGAGCACACAGGUGCACGGGGAACGCAACAAGCAGCAGCAGCAGCAGCAGCGGCAGCAGCACCUGGGAGGGAUGAUGUGGUAGGGGCGGGCGUGGGGCAUGAGGCAGGGGGGUUGAUGUGGGGGCGAUCGAGUCAGCUAGCAGGCAUGUAUGGGCGCGUAGGUGAGCAAUUCACUCGUGCCGUCACGCAUGUCACCCACAGUGCCGCUGCUGCUGGUGGUGCUGCCUACAAUUCUGGAAGGCACAUUGGAGGGGAGAGGCCAAGGGAAGGGAGGGGAGACGGAGAAGGGGAAGGAGUAGGAGCUGGGAGUAGAGGCACGGGGGGAGGGGCAGUGGUGUUGGGGGUACGGGGAGGUGUGGAUGUGACAGGUGAAGAGGGGGGUGUGGGGACAGUGGGUGGUGGUGGUCGUGGGUGCGAGCAUGGCCUGGGGAAUGGUGAGUGCAGGGAUGCAAGUGGCCGUGGGGGCAUUGGUGAGGGCAGUGGUGGGGGCAGUGGUGGGGGAGAGCAUGAGGGUGCGCGAGUGUGUGUGGACGUUCAUCUGUGCUGCCCGCUGCUGAAGCAUGCUGAGGUGGUGCUGUGUGUGGGGCGACUGGGGGACGUGCGAGUGCAGUGCCCCUCCCUCAGGAGCUUGCUGCUUGUGCAUGGCGAUAGGGGCGUGGGAGAUGGGGCAGGGGGUGGGGGGAGGGUGCAUGGUGGGGAGGGAAGGAAAGGUGGGGGGGCGAGCGGUUGGGACGAGAGCGUUGGAGGAGAGAGCAAGGUGGAGGAGCGCAGGGAUGGUGGUGGGCAUGGGCCACACACGUUCACAGUGGACUGCCCGCAGCUGCAGCGCUUCAAGUGGGUACAGGCCAACAGCCACCGCCGCAUCUGCACGCCCAUGCUCCACGCCAACACACGCCUCUCCCCCGCACACCUCUCCAUGCUUUGCGGCACCCCCCUCUCCUCCCCUGCCCGCCCUUCCUCCUCCGCGCGCUCUCCCUUCAUCCCUCCCUCAUCCUCCCUUCCCACCUCCGCUCGACGCAGUACCUUCUCCACCUUCUCAGCAGCACCUGCACCCUUUUCCUUGCCACCGACUCCGUCCUCCUCAGCCCAACCGCCGGCCGGCGCUCCCCCGUCGCUCACAGCAUGCCUACCAUCGUUCAGUUUUGGAGCAGCGUGUGCGGCGGUGAGAGAGGUGGACAUCUCCAAGUGCUGGGGGUUGCCCACCAGAGCUGCCCCGGGAGGGGAGUUCCCACGCACUGGCAGUGCAGCAAGCAUCAGGGCAGGGCCGGGCAGGCUGUGGGGCCGGGGGGUAGUGAGUGGGGAGCGCGACGGGAUGUUUGGCAGUGGUGGUGGGGGGGAUGGAGCUAGGGGGAACGGGGGCGGCAGGGGAGGGAGGGACGGUGGAGGAGGGGAGUGUGGGUCGGCGGUGGUAUUUGGGCCGGAGUGGGCGAGUCUACAGAAGCUGCUGCUGUGGGAAGUGGCUGCCACGUCUAUCACUGUUGCCUGCCCAAGGUUACAGAAGCUGACUCUGUGUGUAUCUCCAUCGUCCCCUCACACCCCUGCUGCCACGAGUAUCACCAUCAACUGUCCUGCCCUCGCCUCUCUCUAUCUCGACCUCGGCAAUGACCCUUCCUCCUCCACCUCACCCUCUCCACCCCCGUCAACCACCGCUCCUGCCGCCGCUGCCACUGCCACAGCAGCUCCAUCCCGCAUGCCCUCGCAUGACCACCCACCGCACAGACCACUGGUGCUGCCUACGCUACCCCGCAUUGCAGCAGCCCCUCUGCUGGCCCGUGCUGUCAUUGUGGUUGCGCUACCAGAGUGGGCGCUGCUCUCCGCACUCUCACCGCUACUGGGCCCAGCCCUGGAGCACAUGUAUGUCGUCUCGCAUGUGCUCAAGGACCCGGUAGGGCUGGAGAGGGAGCUGGGUCUGCGUGCCAUGGGGUCACACCAUCACAUCUAUGCAUCCCAUGUGCUCACACGGGCUUUCAAUGAGUUUUCUGAUCUCUUUGACCGCCGCGCCUUCCACACGCUGUGA